AUGGGCCCUGCCCACCCAGAGGGCCCUGCUGUAGGCCCGGCCAGCCCAGGCCACCACCGCCCCGUGGGCUCCGUGUGGAAGAUGAGCAGCUCCUUCAAGCGGGGCUCGCUCAAGAGCUCCACGUCAGGUUCCCAGAGGGGUCAGAAAGCUUGGAUAGAGAGAACCUUCUGCAAGCGCGAGUGCAUCUGUGUAAUUCCCAGCACCAAAGACCCCAGCAGUGCGUCUGUGCCGAGCUCAGCCGGCGUCUUCCAAAGCCCUGCCUCCAGAGAGGAGUCCCCGACACCUGUCGCCUCCGAGGGUGGCUCCGAGACAGCUCUGGGGGAGAGCAGGCAGGGGGAGCCGCAGCCGGAGAAAUGGUGCACCAGCAAGCACACGCAGAGCUACCCCACCGACUCCUACGGCACCCUCGAGUUCCAGGGCGGCGGGUCCUCCAACAAGGCCCUGUACAUCCGUGUGUCCUAUGACACCAAGCCGGACGCACUGCUGCACCUCAUGGUGAAGGACUGGCAGCUGGAGCUCCCCACGCUCCUGGUCUCUGUGCAUGGCGGCCUGCGGAACUUCGAGAUGCAGCCCAAGCUGAAGCACGUCUUCGGGAAAGGCCUGAUGAAGGCCGCCAUGACCACUGGGGCCUGGAUCUUCACCGGGGGCGUCAGCACUGGUGUCAUCACCCACGUGGGGGACGCCCUGAAAGACCACUCAUCGAAGUCCAGGGGUCGGGUCUGUGCAAUCGGAAUUGCUCCAUGGGGCAUGGUGGAAAACAAGGAGGACCUGGUUGGCAAGGAUGUGACGAGAGUGUACCAGACCAUGGCCAACCCCCUCAGCAAGCUCUCCGUGCUCAACAGCUCCCACACGCACUUCAUCCUGGCUGACGAUGGCACCCUGGGCAAGUACGGUGCCGAGGUGAGGCUGCGCAGGCAGCUGGAGAAGCACAUCUCUCUGCAGAAGAUCAACACGCGACUGGGGCAGGGCGUGCCUGUCGUGGGCCUGGUGGUGGAGGGGGGCCCCAACGUGGUCUCUGUGGUCCUGGAGUACCUCCGGGAAGACCCGCCGGUGCCCGUGGUGCUCUGUGACGGCAGCGGACGAGCCUCGGACCUCCUAUCCUUCGCGCACAAGUACUGCGAGGACGGCGGGGGCAUCAGCGAGUCCCUCAGGGACCAGCUGCUGGUGACCAUCCAGAAAACCUUCAGCUACGGCAGGACGCAGGCGCAGCAGCUGCUGGCCAUGAUAUCGGAGUGCAUGAAGAAGAAAGAGCUGGUCACCGUGUUCAGGAUGGGUGCCGAGGGACAGCAGGACAUCGAGAUGGCGAUUCUGACCGCGCUGCUGAAGGGGACAAACGCUUCAGCACCUGAUCAGCUGAGCCUGGCCCUGGCCUGGAACCGUGUGGACAUCGCGCGAAGCCAGAUCUUCGUCUUCGGGCCCCACUGGCCGCCUCUGGGAAGCCUGGCACCCCCAGCGGAUAGCAAAGCUGCAGAGAAGGAGAAGAAGCCAGCCACAGCCACCACCAGGGGCGGGAGAGGAAAAGGGAAGGGAAAGAAGAAAGGAAAAGCCAAGGAGGAGGCAGAGGAGGAGACUGACCCCCGGAAGAUUGAGCUGCUGAACUGGGUGAACGCCUUGGAACAGGCCAUGCUGGAUGCUCUGGUGCUGGAUCGGGUUGACUUCGUGAGGCUGCUGAUCGAGAACGGGGUGAACAUGCAGCACUUCCUCACCAUCCCGAGGCUGGAGGAGCUGUACAACACGAGGCUGGGUCCCCCGAACACGCUGCACCUGCUGGUGAGGGACGUGAAGAAGAGCAAUCUGCCGCCCGACUACCACAUUAGCCUCAUAGACAUCGGGCUGGUGCUGGAGUACCUGAUGGGCGGGGCCUACCGCUGCAACUACACGCGCAAGAGCUUCCGGACCCUCUACAACAACCUGUUCGGGCCCAAGCGGCCGAAGGCGCUGAAGCUUCUGGGAAUGGAAGAUGACGAGCCUCCAGCCAAAGGGAAGAAGAAGAAGAAGAAGGAGGAGGAGGCCGAGGUGGAUGUGGACGACCCUGCCGUGAGCCGCUUCCAGUACCCCUUCAACGAGCUGCUGGUGUGGGCCGUGCUCAUGAAACGCCAGAAGAUGGCGGUGUUCCUGUGGCAGCGCGGCGAGGAGGGCAUGGCCAAGGCCCUGGUGGCCUGCAAGGUCUACAAGGCCAUGGCCCACGAGUCCUCCGAGAGCGAGCUGGUGGACGACAUCUCCCAGGACCUGGACAACAACUCCAAGGACUUCGGCCAGCUGGCCCUGGACCUGCUGGAUCAGUCCUACAGGCACGACGAGCAGGUGGCCAUGAAGCUGCUGACCUACGAGCUGAAGAACUGGAGCAACUCCACCUGCCUCAAGCUGGCCGUGGCUGCCAAGCACCGCGACUUCAUCGCACACACCUGCAGCCAGAUGCUGCUGACCGACAUGUGGAUGGGCCGGCUGCGCAUGCGCAAGAACCCCGGCCUGAAGGUCAUCAUGGGGAUCCUCUUCCCCCCCACCAUCCUCUUCCUGGAGUUCCGUGCGCACGACGACCUGUCCUAUCAGACGUCCGAAGAGGGCAAGGACGGCCGGGAGAAGGAGGAGGAGAACACGGACGCAAACGCAGACGCCGGUUCGAGGAAGGGGGACGAGGAGAGCGCGGUCAGAAAGCAGAGGAGCAUCCCCAUCGGCACCAAGAUCUGCGAGUUCUACAACGCACCCAUUGUCAAGUUCUGGUUCUACACGAUCUCCUACCUGGGCUACCUCCUGCUGUUUAACUACGUCAUCCUGGUGCGGAUGGACGGCCGGCCCUCGCUGCAGGAGUGGGUGGUCAUCGCCUACAUUCUGAGCCUGGCGCUGGAGAAAAUACGAGAGGUCCUCAUGUCGGAGCCGGGCAAGCUGAGCCAGAAGGUGAGGGUGUGGCUGCAGGAGUACUGGAACGUCACGGACCUCGUGGCCAUCUCCCUGUUCGCGGCCGGCGUGGCCCUCCGCCUGCAGAGCCAGCCCUACAUGGGCUACGGCCGCGUGAUCUACUGCGUGGACAUCAUCCUCUGGUACAUCCGCGUCCUGGACAUCUUCGGGGUCAACAAGUACCUGGGGCCCUACGUGAUGAUGAUCGGGAAGAUGAUGAUCGACAUGCUCUACUUUGUGGUCAUCAUGCUGGUGGUGCUCAUGAGCUUCGGGGUGGCCCGCCAGGCCAUCCUGCACCCGGAGGAGAAGCCGUCCUGGAAGCUGGCCCGGAACAUCUUCUACAUGCCUUACUGGAUGAUCUACGGGGAGGUGUUCGCGGACCAGAUAGACCUCUACGCCAUGGAGAUUAACCCUCCCUGUGGCCAGGACCUGUAUGACGAGGAAGGCAAGCGGCUGCCGCCCUGCAUCCCGGGCGCAUGGCUCACGCCGGCCCUCAUGGCCUGCUACCUGCUGGUGGCCAACAUCCUCCUGGUGAACCUGCUCAUCGCCGUCUUCAACAAUACCUUCUUCGAAGUGAAGUCGAUAUCCAACCAGGUGUGGAAGUUCCAGAGGUACCAGCUGAUCAUGACCUUCCACGACAGGCCCGUCCUGCCCCCACCCAUGAUCGUGCUGAGCCACGUCUACAUCCUCGCCAUGCGGCUCAGCGCGCGCUGCAGGAAGAAGCGGGAAGGGGACCCGGAGGAGCGUGACCGCGGGCUGAAGCUGUUUCUGAGCGAGGAGGAGCUGAAGAGGUUGCACGAGUUCGAGGAGCUGUGUGUGCAGGAGCACUUCCGGGAGAAGGAGGACGAGCAGCAGUCGUCCAGCGAGGAGCGCAUCCGCGUUACCAGCGAGAGAGUUGAAAACAUGUCCAUGAGGCUGGAGGAAAUCAACGAGAGAGAAACCUUCAUGAAAACGUCCCUCCAAACGGUGGACCUCCGGCUGUCACAGCUGGAAGAGCUGUCUGGCCGGAUGGUGAAUGCGCUCGAGAACCUGGCAGGCAUCGACAGGUCAGACCUGGUCCCAACGCGGUCACGGGCCUCGUCAGAAUGUGACGCCACCUUCCUCCUGAGGCAGGGCAGCGUCCACAGCGCCGACGGCUACAGCCUGUACCGCUACCACUUCGACGGGGAGGGGCUGCUCCUGGAGGACACGGCUGGCCCGGUCAGGACAAGAACCUGCUCCUUCCGAGUGACAGAGAAGGACGUGAGGAUGCAGCCGGUCCCAGGGCAGCGGGGCAGCCUCCGUCUGGUGCCGGGUGUUCCAGCAGCUCCCAAUGGUGGUGGCCGUGCAGUGGCCACAGCACAGGACACCACAGAGCCCAUGCCAGGCCCAGAUGUCAGAAUUUCAACCAAAGACGAGAGGGAAGCAGACUUCGAGAGAGAGGAGGCACCUCCCCCCACAGCAAAGGAACGAGAUGCCAUGCGUAGACAGCUCCCGUCGGGUCUCCCAGACGCUCAGCUGACAGAGGAAAGGAUGAAGGGGGAGGCCGCUGUGCCCCAUCCCCUGGGAGAAACCCAAAUCACACGCUAUUACCCGGGCGAGACACCCAGUGCCUGCAAGGCCGUGAAGUCCAGGAGCCUUGUGUGCUCCCAGGGGCGGAGGGGCAGCAGGGCGGGCCAGUGCGCCGCCGAGUACAGCUCGGUGGCCAGUAGGCGGUGGACCUGCCAGGUGCAGAUCACGCGGGCCUGGAGCACUGACCUCCCUUCCCUCCCGUGGGAUGCUGCGUGGCAGGCUGAGCCCACAGAGCGGCUCCCAAGGGCCCAGGGCAGAAGCCACACUCCUGGAACAGCCUCCCCGAUCUCCUGCUUUCCCCUGGAGGCUGCUGACAGAACCCCGCGAGAGAGCCUCCUGUCUGUGCAGCCUACCCCAUCCUGGGGACCCCCGGCUCUGCGGUCUAAAAGCUUGCAUGGCCGUCCUAGGAAUGCUGGAUCCGGCCCGGGGCAGUUAGACAGACGCGGACUUGCCGGCAGUGUGGGCAAUCUGCCAGUUGUGUCUGGGAUUACGAUGGAAGAACAAGAAGUCAAACAAGGGGAAAACGCCACCAGAACGGGACGCUAACCUGUUUGUUUGCUUUUUAAAAAGUCAGAACCACCCAUGGGCGCCAUCUUUACAUCAUCAAUUUCUGAAGACAUUUUCAUUAAAAAUUGGCGGAAAUUUAGACAUCCUUUAAAACUGCAUGUGCUAAGACUUAAAAGUUGCGUUUUGUUAGCGCAUUAGUAAACCACACGGGUGAGGUGGAGUACGACUGAACAAAAGUGCCGCGUCAAUCAAGAGUUUAUGAUCUUUUCCUUCAGGGAGGCUACUGAAAAGCGUAAGAAAAGACUGUAUUUAGCCACCUUUGGUGGGGAAAGGAGUGAGGACUGCAGGGAACAGCAGUCAUGAGCGAGGCGGAGUGGGCGGGAGAGGACCCCCACAAGGUGCAUGAAGGGGAGGGGCCCAGGCACCCUGUGUGUCCCGGGCUUUCUGCUUUGUUACAUGAUUUAAGUUACUGGAUGGAAAAACACUUCCGUCCUUUAAGUGACCAAGAGUUUUGUCAAUAUGUAACAGUAAAUUAUCCAAUAACACUUGAAGUGACCGAUGGCUCUGUUAACAUGUAACAAUAAAGUGUCCAGUAGACUUCAGUGACCACGCUUGUUACUGUGAGACAAAGCACCCACGUUCCUGCUUCUCCCACCGGCACGGCCCUGCAGCAGGGUACAAGGUGCGGUCCUCAGGGGAGUUCGACCGCACCAUCACGCAGGCCCCACGCCCCCACUCCUGACCCCACACCAAAGAACAGACGGGCAGAACGGGCCUCCCCGGGACAGCAGAGGGUGGUUGGACCCGGGAACCCCUCUCCCGCAUGUCCACGGGUGCAGUGUCCGCCCACUGCAGGGUGGGUGACAGGGCAGGAAUGGGAGGUCACCCGAGGUGCAGACCGUCGGACCCUGUAACCUAGCAGGCGUAGAGAUGGAGUCAGAGACAGAGAGACAGACAGCAGCCCCGCUGCACCGAGGAGGUGGGCGGGAUGUGACUUCUUUUCCUUGCAGGAGACUGAGUCCCAUCUGCUUCCCUGAACGGGGCUGGGUUUGUCAGGAAGGGCAGGCAUGCCGGCCCUCCAGUCCCCACCUUCCCGUCCUCUCGGGGCCGCGUCGUCCAGGCAACCCCAGGGCCAGGCGGAAUACAGGUCCAGCGUGUGGGCAGCGCGGGCCCACGCUGCCGAGA